UAUCGCAUCACGGACGGCCUGGCAGCUGGCGGAGUGGAGGCAGACGCUUCGAGUCGUCCUUCGGACCCAGGCGUCUGAACCAGCUUUGGGGGCAUGAGCAGAGGGCAGCACGCCGAGGCCACAAGUUUUUCAUAGAGAUUGAUGGAAGCAGAAACCAAAACUCUUCCUCUGGAGAACGCAUCCAUCCUUUCAGAGGGCUCUCUACAGGAAGGACACCGAUUAUGGAUUGGCAACUUGGAUCCCAAAAUCACAGAAUACCACCUCCUCAAGCUCCUCCAGAAGUUUGGGAAGGUGAAGCAGUUUGACUUCCUCUUCCACAAGUCGGGUGCUUUGGAAGGACAACCUCGAGGUUACUGUUUUGUUAACUUUGAAACUAAGCAGGAAGCAGAGCAAGCCAUCCAAUGUCUCAAUGGCAAACUGGCGCUGUCUAAGAAGCUGGUGGUACGAUGGGCACAUGCCCAAAUAAAGAGGUACGAUCAUAGUAAGAAUGACAAGACUCUUCCAAUCAGUCUGGAGCCGUCUUCAAGCACUGAGCCCACGCAGUCUAACCUAAGUGUCACUGCAAAGAUAAAAGCCAUUGAAGCAAAGCUGAAAAUGAUGGCAGAAAAUCCUGAUGCAGAAUACCCAGCAGCACCUGUUUAUUCCUACUUCAAACCACCAGAUAAAAAAAGGACUACCCCUUAUUCUAGAACAGCAUGGAAAUCUCGAAGAUGAUGGUUGUGAAUUACUGUAACAGCAAAAGCAAAUUGAUCUCUACACCUGACCUCUUCUGCCUUUGUACUUUGUAGAUGUGAAUGGUACUAUCCAACAGAGCACAAUCACAUGUUAGUUUGGUAACAUAACAUUUUUGGAUGUUCUUAUGAAUGUGUCUUCUCUGAACUAUGUGUGGAAUUGAGCAACAUCCAGAAUAAAUAGAAUUGUGUCCAAAAUUGUGAUUUGAACACUGAGUUGCUCUAGUUGGCUGGUCUGUAUGAAUUUGUAAUUCCAGAAACUUUAUAUAAUGUGCCAGAGAGAAAAGCAAAUGUACAAAAUGUUAUUAUUUAAAUCAGAAAGCUAAAUUGAUGGAUGUCUAUUUAAAAAAAAGUACAGCAUUUUUCUUGCACAUGUCUUUACAACAUAAAGAAAAAGAGACAGAGAGGGAAGUGAGAGACAGAUUUUUAAUCGUGUUUAGAACUGCUUUUGGAGAAUUUAUUACGGAACUCCCUCCAACUGGACUAAAAAAUAGAGUUCUUGGCAAAAGAGAGCUGAUCCUUUGAGCAAAUGUAGUAAUCUGCUUAAGAAUUAUGCUUAUAGUUUCAGAAUCCCAAAAGAAAACAUGGUGUAUAUCUUAAACUCAUUUGUGUCGACAAACUAUAGAAUCAAGUUUAGUAUUUUACACCAUAACAGAAGUUCUGUUUGGCAAUUUAACUUUUAUUCUGUAGUGAUCGUUUUUAAUGAUCUAAAUACAAUCCUAAAGUAUCUAAACACAAUCCUGCCUUCUAUAAUAACCAGAUGUUGUCAUUAACACAAGACUUUUAAAAUUGCAUUUACUGCAUGAGAUUGUUUUUAUAGCAUGAGAUUGUUCUAUUUGGAAUUGUAUAAAUGAUCAAUCUAAAAAAUAGCAAAAUUUCUUUGAAAACGUAAAUACUCCUACAUUGGUCACUAUCGAGCAUAUUUACUUUAUAGUCAUCAUGUGAGGAUUUGGUAGAAAAAGUUGAUUGGUCUUGUGCAGGAUGAGAAGGGGAUAUGUACGAGGAACAGAAAGUCAGUGGAGCAGGCACUUCCCUGGCACCAAGGUUGUAAUCACCUCACUUUAUGUAGUUAGGUGGGGGCGAACCUUUCAGUGUUCAGUGAUGAAAAGGCAGGUGCAGCACGUGUACCAUAGGUUCGCCACCACUGAUGCGGUUUUAAAAGACUGCAUGCCUUGCAAAUGAUCCCUCAUUCAUAGGACAUUCUUCUCCCUAGAUAUUUUUGGCAUUAUGAACAUUCUAAAUACAAUAGUAGAGAGCAAUACAUAAACUGACAUUUGGGGAUGUGUUACUUCAACACAGUUUGGGUCAUUUCAGUGCUGGCCUUGAUAGACUCAUUGGGCAGCACCGUUGCUGCUUUAGUAGGCAGAUCGCUUUGUUACUUACUUCAGGUGCCACCCACGGUGAUUAGAAGUUACCACUGUCGUUUCUAGCAAGAGGAGGCUUUCAUUAUAGGGAUUUAAGUCUUCCUGUGAGCAUAGAUGAAGUUAAAACACUUGAAUCAAAAUUUGAGCAUAGUGAUGUUUUAGAAUCCACAGAACUGGUUCAGAGACGUUCUUACCACUUUUCUGAAGGUCAGUCUUUUUAGCUGUCCAAAUACUCUCUGCUUUUCUUAGCUGUGUCUGUCUACGAUGCAAGUAACUCUCCUGUGUGUGGGGUAGUUGAGGGAGGUGGGAGUGCUGUCUCCCAUUUCUCCAGUGAGUUUGGAGUGUAGAAUUCACCAUUGUAUCCUUAAGUCCUCAAAGGAUUUUGGUGGAGUAGAAUUCAAUGCAAAUAGCCUUCUAUUUUUAAUAGGAACUUAGAAAACACUUAGGACUAUAUAGAGUUGUUUCCUUAGAAACUAGAAGUAUUUAUUUGUAUUUAAAGCAAUUUUUUUUUAUUUGUACCGAUUCUUAUCCUCCGUAUGAAUAAAUGCAAGAUGGUGUGUGCGUGUAA